AUGUCCCUGCCAUGCAUGGUCCAUGUGUGGCCGUUUCGGAAGAUUUGUAGCGAGGAGGCCUUGGAGCAGCAGCCAAUGGCCUCGACUUCUUUCGACGGUCUUCCCAAGCGCUUCGUAAAGAAUCAGGUGGGUCCUGAGGGUGAGGAGCUAGGCUGGUUCGCAGUCAAGAAGCUCCGGAUAAACCAAUCCAGUGCUUCUAAUCCUAUCCAUGUGAACCAGAUUGAGAUCUAUGGGUGCGAUGGCAUCAAUCAUGCUUUGCAAACGAAUGGAGGCCAGGCUCGCCAGUCCUCCAUGCAUGGUACUGGUGAAGGGUAUGGACCAGCCCGUCUGGUUAUCGAUGGCAACCGUUGGGGCCGUGUGAAUCACACCGCGCAUGCAGACGAUGGCUGGCUCGAAGUGGAGCUAGCCAGGCCAACCAAUGUGGAGAGCUUUGCUAUCUUUAACAUGUCUGAUGAUGAGUAUGACCAUCGGAUGCGUCUGUGUGGCCACACGGUGCAGCUGUUCGACGAGUCUGGUCGAGUUGUGUACCAGCAGCAGAUUACUUUAGAUGGUGAUUCGUCCUUGUUCGAUAAGGAGCUGAAAUGCCGACAGCUCUGGGUAAAUGAGGAUGCCAAGCCUGUGCUGGCCAACUUGACCUUGGAGAAGGACGAGGAGGAAGUUGGCAUACCAGCCCACUCUUUGCGACUACUCCUCCCUGGUGAUCGAGUGCUCCGAUUGCACAGCGACACGGAGGUGAGUCUGGAAGCCUUGCUCUCAGAUGCGGGCAAGGCAGGCGCCGAGCCCUAG